AUGAUAAAAUCUUCAUUUUGUGUUUCCAUAGAUGCUUUGUUGGCGGACCUUGAGUCCACAACGUCCCACAUUUCAAAGCGCCCACUGUUUCUGUCUGACGAGAACGCCUAUUCCCUCCCUGUUGGGGGUCAGACCCAGCAAGACAUCUGCUCUCCACCCCAAGUCCCACCCACUCCCUCAGAGCAAACCCUGAACGGACUUGACGAAACAGAGUCCUUCAACUCAGCUCAGAGAAGCCCCUGGUCUAGAGAUAGCAGCAGUCCGACCCAACCCAUUGGUGAGGAGGACCACGUAUACAGCUUCCCCAAUAAGCAGAAAAGUAGUGACUCAUCAGCCAUGACCUUAUCCUUGGGCAGCAACCUGUCAGAACUGGACCGCCUGCUGUUGGAGCUCAACGCUGUCCAGCAAAGCACCCCUGCUUUUGCAACAGAAGAAGAGGCAGCUCCACCGCUGCCUGCCAGCAGCGUAAUCCACCAUAUCCAGGAGAAUGGAGUCUCUACUGCAGGAAAGGCAGCUCCACCUGUAUUGGAGAAGCCCAAACGCAGCAUGGCAGCUCGAGGAAUAGAGGAUGUACGACCAAGUGUAGAGAGCCUUCUAGAUGAGCUGGAAAGUUCUGUGCCCACGCCCAUUCCCACACCUUUGGUGGUGUCUGACGAACAGGAGGAAACACCAGCACAGCAGCAAGCCAGAAUGUCUGCAUCCUCUGCCACACGAGAGCUAGAUGAGCUAAUGGCCUCCCUGUCUGACUUCAAAGUUCAAAGCAAUUCUGGCUCUCAGUUGUCUGUGAAUCAGGAGGCUGUAGAACCCUCAUUGGUUGCUGGUACACCGGUUGUCCAAACACUAACUGCCCCAUCUAUAAGUCCUCAUAUUGGUUCAGUGGAUAAUGUUCUACCCUCUAGUGACACUACACCUUCCUGUACCCCUCUACCAUUGGAACUCCAUAUAGAUGAAGAUGGUUGUUCAGCCACUACAUCUUUGACUGGUUCUACUGUAGUGAUUGCAUCGUCCAAGAGCAUUCAGUACUCCCAGAUCCAACAGAAAGAUGAUGCUGACAGUGUUACUUCUGAGAUCUCACAUGUAGAGACCCUCAGUAUCUCUAAUACCCUAAUGCAACCUAGUCAAACUGAAGUCAACAGCUCUACGCAUGUGUCAGUCACUAAAGUCUCUACCAAUGAAGCCUCAAGUCCAUUUGGAAAGAGCUCAAGUCCAGUUACUAUUGGCAAUAGCUCUAGUCCAGACUCCACUGCCAGGAGUUUUAGUCCGGCGGUCAUUUCCAAGAGCCCUAGUCCUGUCACUGUGUCUAAAAACCUCAGUCCCAUUCUUAGAGCUAAAAGUCCCAGUUCACCUGACAUUAAAUGCUCCAGCCCAGUCCCUAAAAGUUGCAGUCCAGUACCCAUAAGUCAUAGUCCAGAAGCAGCUGCAGAGAAUGAAUGUCAGAUGACGGCGCCAACCACUACAGAAACGGUGCCAAAGACAGCUAGUCCAGUAACAGUUCAGAGGCUUUCAAGUCCAGUUUCAGAUAGUGCAAGUGCUGUGACAGUCCCUAAUACCUCUAGUCCAUUGACCAUCCCAAACAAUGCUAGUCCAGAAACAGUUCCCAAGAGUGCUAGUCCAGUGUCAAUUCCAAGACUUUCAAGUCCAGUUCCAAAGAUCACAAGUCCUGUGACAGUCCCCAAUAUCUCUAGUUCAACAACUGAACCCAAUAGUUUUAGUCCAGAAACAGUCCAAAAGAAUGCGUACCCAGUAAUACUUCCAAGGCUUUGUAGUCCAGUAACAGUUCCAAAGAAUGAAACUGCAGCGCCUAAGAGUCCUGCUUUAGUCAUUAAAAAAACGUAUACUGCUCCAGAUAGCAGUAGUCCCAGAGCUUCGCCAGUUUCACUUGCUGCUGUGCCAUCAAAUAGCCAGUCUUCCCCUCUUACAGAAAAGCAGGGAGGUGAAGCACUGGAUUUAUCAUGGCCAUGUCGGGAGCCUUUAUUAGAUGAUACCUUAGACAAACUCUUAGCCCCUGACUCCACCCAACCUGAUGAGAACCAGCCACCUGCAUCCUUUAUGUCUGGAGAUGAAGAUAGACCUUGGGAGGAGGAAGAUGGAAUUUACCCUGAUCUCAGCCGAGAGGGAACCCUGACACCCAUGACUGAAUCCAGCUGGAUAGAUGAGUGUUUCACCCCCUCCACCUGCCCCGGGACACCAGAUGCAAUGCUGGAACUGCCCACACAGCAGCCGUCUGCUGUUGAACGGCUAUCUGCUUCUGGCCAACUCAAGUCGGUUAUCCGCCGCACCAAAGAGACUUCCAAUGUGCAUCCGAUGUACAGGGAGGGACUAUUGCGACGUAAAAUGGGACCUGUCAUUGUGAAUAAGAGCAACUCUCAAGACCGACUCAUUGAGGAGCUGCAGGGGAAACUGGGAAUUGGGCGAGUGGAGCGCCGGCGUAAACAACAGCCAGAUGAUUGGCUGACAGAAGGAGUCAUCGUGAUGUCCAACCCACAGCGAGCACGGGAAGAAAGGGCUCUGCCAUCUGUGGAUAAGGUUUUGCUCAUGUUUUUUUGGCCUAUGGUCAAGGAACUAACUGGCAAAUUUUAAACAUAUAUCACAUUGCCAUAGAAUACUGUUUCUUUUACUGUUUGCCUUUCUUCUUUCUUACCCCUUUAUUUGUACCUUACCUUACUUGUUUGCUCUCCUCUCUUGGCUGUUUCCUUUCUCCUUCUUUCCCUCAGAUCAUCAUCCCUCCUGAAUCACCUGCCCCACAGAGAAAAGUCCUCCCCCCUCCGCAAUCUCCCCCAGCACCC